GAGCAAAGCGAGCGAAGCGGAAAUACAAAACACAGAAAAUCCGAGCAGAUCUGCUGGAAUUCACGGACAGAUCGGGGGAUCCUGCACCGCCGGGGAGGAUCGAGUCCUGGAUCGGAUUAAAUGAACGUGUGAUCGGAUUGUGAGGAGAAGAAACGCGGAGUGAAACGAUCUCACGGCGACGGCGGAACACAUUCGUGGCGUACCAGGAUGGAACGUACUGAAGCUAACGCCUCCUGAAUCCUGACGCACAAACGCGGAUGGUUAAAAAUGCUACACGAGCGGCGAAAGUUUGGCGGAAAGCUACGCAGGCUAAAGCUGUGACCCGUCCACCUCGUGUGUGUUUUUUAUUGUUGAUUUUUGGAAUGAUUCCACGUUUCUUUCCGGAAGGAUCUCGACCGCCGAGCUUCCCGAUGCGUCCCGGACGUGAGUGUGCGUGGCGCGACGGAGCGUUGUUAGCAUAGCUAGCCGUCGACCCGUCGCCAUGGCUCAGACCAGUUUGCUGCAGGGGAAGCGCUUCUACUGCCGCGAGUGGCUCUUCCACAAGAUCCAGCACUGCCUGCAGGAGAAGACCGCCGUCUGCUCGGGACGCGAGGCUCCACCCACCCCCGGGGGCGUGGCCACGCCGGGCUCCGCUAAGUCCUGCUCGUGGGGCGUGUUGCUGGUGGGAGGGCCGGGCAGCGGUAAGACGGCGCUCUGUACGGAGCUGCUGUGGCCCGUCUCGCCGCACGCCGCCCAGCGCGGCUCCGACCGGCUCUGCCUGGCGUUUCAUUUCUGCCGCGCCGACGACUCGGACACGCUUAGCGUUAGCGGCUUCGUGCGCAGCCUGGUGACGCAGAUCUGCAGGAGCAGCCUGGUGCCGCAGUACCUGGAGAAGAUCCGCGACCCCGCCGUGCAGGACGCGCUCCGGCCCGGAGAGUGCGAGAGGAACCCGGGCGAGGCCUUUAAGAGGGGCGUGGCACUGCCGCUGCUGAGCUGCGCCGCGCCGCCUCAGGCCCUGUUCCUGCUGGUGGACUCCGUGGACGAAGGGAUGAAAGCGGGCGGGUCCGAGUCCGAGUCCGGCUCCGCCCCCUCCAACCCGCGCAGCAUCGGCGAGCUUCUCUCCACCCACCACGAGCUCCUCCCACCCUGGCUCCUCCUCAUCUGCUCCGCCCGCCGCCAGAACAAAAGCAUCACCAAACUCUUCUCAGGUUUUCGCAAGAUAAGCCUGGAUGAUCUGCGCAAGGCGUACAUAGUGAAGGACGUUCAGCAGUACAUCCUGCACAGACUGGACCAGGAAGAGGCGCUGCGCCAACACCUGACCAAGGAGACGGCCGAAAUGCUGAACCAGCUCCACAUCAAGAGCAGCGGCUGCUUCCUCUACCUGGAGCGAGUUCUGGACGGAGUGGUGGAUAACUUCAUCAUGCUCCGCGAGAUCCGCGACAUCCCGGGAACGCUGAACGGACUCUACCUGUGGCUCUGCCAGAGACUUUUCGUCCGGAAGCAGUUUACCAAAGUGCAACCCAUCCUGAACGUCAUCCUGGCCGCCUGCAGGCCCUUGACUCUGAAGGAGCUGUACCAUGCGGUCUGGACUAAGAACAUGACCCUGACUAUGGAGGAGUUUCAGAAAAAGAUGGACAUUCUGUCCAAGUUACUUGUUGACGGGCUCGGAGGCACCAAGAUACUUUUUCACUACAGCUUUGCCGAGUGGCUUCUGGACGUCAAGCACUGCACUCAGAAGUAUCUGUGCAACGCUGCUGAGGGCCACCGGAUGAUGGCUAUGAACUACACCUGCAGAGCCAAGCAGCUCAAUCCUCUGGAAGUGCAAGAGUUUGCAUAUCACUUAAUAAACUCCAACCUGCAGAUUGAACCUGUUAAUCUGGCGCUGUGGAUGGUCUGGAAUGGAACUCCUGCAAAAGACUCCCUGUCCACGUCCAUCCCCAAAGAGCAGGAAGUCCUGCAGCUUUUGGUCAAAGCCGGAGCCCAUAUUAGCAACGAGGACGACCAUGCUUCGUGCAUCGUGCAGCAGGCCUUGGAGCGUGAGGACUCCAUCAGAACUCUGCUGGACAACGGCGCCUCUGUGAACCAAAGUGACUCCAGUGGACGGACUCUGCUGGCCAACGCGGCGUACAGCGGUAACCUGGACGUGGUGAACCUGCUCGUUUCCAGGGGAGCCAGCAUGGAGCUGGAGGACAACCACGGACAGACGCCUCUCACGCUCGCUGCCAGACAGGGACACACCAAGGUUAUCAACUGCCUGAUCGGCUGCGAUGCCAACAUCAACCACACAGAUCACGACGGCUGGACGGCUUUGAGAUCUGCGGCCUGGGGCGGUCACUCCGAGGUGGUCUCGGCCCUCCUGUACGCAGGUGCCAAGGUUGACUGUGCAGAUGCCGACAGCAGAACCGCCCUGAGGGCUGCAGCUUGGGGAGGUCACGAGGAUAUUGUUCUGAACCUCCUGCAGCACGGAGCAGAGGUCAACAAGGCUGACAAUGAAGGAAGGACCGCACUGAUUGCUGCGGCCUACAUGGGACACCGAGAGAUUGUCGAGCACCUGCUGGACCAUGGCGCCGAGGUAAACCACGAGGACGUGGAUGGACGAACCGCAUUGUCUGUGGCCGCUCUUUGUGUGCCCGCUAGCAAAGGCCAUGCUUCAGUGGUCAGUUUGCUCAUUGACCGUGGAGCAGAAGUAGACCACUGUGAUAAAGACUGCAUGACCCCUCUUCUGGUGGCUGCAUACGAAGGGCAUGUGGACGUGGUGGAUUUGCUUCUAGAAGGAGGAGCGGACGUCGACCACACGGACAAUAACGGAAGAACGCCCUUGCUCGCUGCGGCGUCCAUGGGGCACGCUUCAGUUGUCAAUACCUUGCUUUUCUGGGGUGCAGCCGUGGACAGCAUCGACAGCGAAGGGCGGACUGUGCUCAGCAUCGCAUCCGCUCAAGGAAACGUCGAGGUAGUCCGGACUCUGCUGGACAGAGGCCUGGACGAGAAUCACAGAGACGAUGCCGGCUGGACGCCCUUACACAUGGCUGCGUUCGAGGGGCAUCGGCAAGUUUGUGAUGCGCUUAUAGAACAAGGUGCUCGAUGCUCAGAGGUGGACAACGAUGGGCGUAUUCCCCUGAUUCUGGCCGCCCAGGAGGGUCAUUAUGAUUGCGUUCACAUCCUCCUCGAGAAUAAAUCCUGCAUCGACCAGAGAGGGUACGACGGAAGAAAUUCUCUAAGGGUGGCGGCCAUGGAAGGGCACAGAGACAUCGUCGAACUGCUGCAGAGCCACGGAGCAGACGUGGACUACAAAGAUGCGGAUGGUCGUCCAACCUUGUACAACCUGGCACUUGAAAAUCAGUUAGGCAUGGCAGAGUUCUUCUUGGAGAAGGGAGCGAACGUGGAGGCGAGUGACACCGACGGCAGAACGGCUCUACACGUUUCCUGUUGGCAAGGCCAUAUGGAAAUGGUACGGUUGCUUAUUAGCUACCAUGCCAACGUCAACUCCUGCGACAAUGAGAGACGAUCCGCUCUUCAGUCCGCCGCAUGGCAAGGCCACACGAAAGUCGUCCAGUUUUUGAUCGACAACGGCACUCAUGUUGACCACACGUGCAAUCAGGGCGCGACCGCACUUGGUAUCGCUGCCCAGGAGGGUCACGUUGACGUGGUACGAAUUCUUUUGGAGAACGGCGCAGAUCCGAACCACGCGGACCAGUACGGUCGCACAGCCAUGAGAGUCGCGGCCAAAGGAGGGCACUCGGUGAUCAUCAAACUUCUGGAGAAGUACGGCGCCACGAGUCUCAACGGCUGCAACCCCUCACCCAUACACACCAUGGAGCAGAAGACCCCGCUGGCCGUCACAGGAAAGGUCCAGUCGCUUACAAUUAAAUCCAAUAGUUCUGGCAGCACGGGAGCCGGAGACGUCCAGACAUCAGGUCGAGGGAUGUCAAACGGACCUGUUCAUGCGUUCAGUUCCCCGUCUGAAUCGCCCGACUCUACAGUGGACAGACAGAAGUCCUCGCUUUCCAACAACUCCCUCAAAAGCUCGAAGAACUCGUCGUUGCGGACCACGUCGUCCACCUCGACGGCCCAGACGGUUCCGAUAGACAGUUUCCACGGACUCAGCUUCACAGAGCAAAUCCAACAGCACUCCCUGCCUCGGAGUCGCAGCCGACAGUCCAUAGUGUCUCCUUCUUCAACGACCAAGUCCAUCGGCCCGCUCCCUGGGUCUCCUAUCAGCGAGUUUGACUGGAGUCAAGUGAAGCCAGUUCUGAAGUCCACCAAAGGAGGUAAGAGUGGGAUUGACCACUGCUCAAAAAAGGAUGGGAAAAAAUCGAAGGACAACGCCGCUCAUCAGCAGGGUCAGGUCUUUGAAUACGAGAUGACACAAUUCGAUAAAAGAAUCGCGCUCAACAAGCCAGUGAAGGACCCUCACUGUAAGGCGGUCCUGGGCGGCUCAAGUCCUGUGGACUCACAGGAACCGUUUUAUAUCCAACAGCAGAGCUGCGCCGAGAAAAAGAGAAACGGGAUCAUGACCAACCCCAACUACCAUCUGCAGGGAAGUCAAGUGUUUCUGGGGAGAGUCUCCGUCCCUAGGGCUGUGCACAACCGGGGACAUCAGGAAGUUCUCGACGGUUACACCAUCGGGGAGUCCGAAUUAAGCCUUAAACAAGCUCUGAAACUGCAGCUCGAUGGAACUGACCCUGGGUUCAACUACAAAAAAGAGACGCCGUUAUAACCGGCAUCUUGAACCCGAUCCAUUGUGCAGAUGUUAGGAAGAACGUGCCAAAGCAACUGUGUUCAUCGGGGGAGGAACGAAAGAAGAAAAAGAAAACGAAGAGAAAAAACGACGAUCUGGGCCGGACGGAGGGAAAGUCUGAGAGCAGAAAGGACCUGAUCUGGGGUCAGAGUUUCUCUAACGUUUUUAUUUCCUAAUAUUUAAAGGAACUGACCUCAGAUCUGCACUCGGGUUCCCAGAAGUCGUCGGUACUCGGAGCUCAGCGGAGAAACCUCCCGAAAACAGACAAAGAAAGAAAGAAAGAAAAUGGGAGAGACGAGUGAGAGACGAGUGAGAGAUGAAGAACGUUGGGUCACGUUUGGCGGACUGAACUUGUUUCCAUGUGCCUACCGACGUUCCAGCUCCUGGCGCUCACACACACCCGGGUUUAUUUAACGUUAUCGAUAUUUAAUACGCCGUGUAUGCACUUUUCAUCCUUCUUACUUUAUGGUGCUUGUUUUUUGUUGUUGUCGAUCGAUUUCAAGAGUCUUUCUUAGUUUUUUAUGUCGCCUGUAUAAAACGUGCACCAGUGUACCCGCUGGGUUUGGAUCGGAGGGGGAUCAGGGGUCAACAAUAUCAAUAACUCCUACAGUAAACAUAUCAAUAUGAUGCCAUAUAUAAAUAUAAACACAUGCUAAUCCUACAGCAUCUCGGUCAGUACAUGUAUCAAUAACACACUGUAUGGCCAAAAGUAUUUGGACGCCCGACCAUGAGCUUGCUGGACGUCCGAUUCCAAAAACAAACGGCAUUCAGAUACACAGCGUCUCACAAGACUUUGAAGAUCUGUGUAUGGGAAUUUGUGCCCGCUUGUAUUUGUAUGGCUGGUCGCUGAUUGGUCAGUUCCGGUUCGUCUCAGAGCUGCUGAGUGGGGUUGAAAUCUUUGUCCUGCAAGCUGGAAGCAUCAUGGAUCAUUUCCUUUAUACGAUUGAUUGGUCGAGGUACUGGACCAAUACUUUUGCUCAUGUAGUGUAGGAGUGAGGCGUUCCUGCUCUCUGUGUAAUCAAUCAUAUUUAUUUGUGUUUUGCUGUUUCAUGGUGCUGUGUGCAGAAUCUACCUGCCAUUACGUUUAUUUUACGCCUACAUGUUUGUUUUGUUUAUAUCCUGACGGGUGGGGUCGCCCGCCCCUGCCUCACAUUUUUAUUUAGUCCCUGUGGGACCUUUUCUCCUUAUUUUCCCUUUUUUAUAAGUUAAUUAUUGUUUUUAUUUGAUUAAUUAUAUUUAAACGUGAACAGAAUUCGGUGCUGAUUGUAAAAGCGUAUCAGAUGCUACAGAUGAAGGUAUCUCCCGGACUAUAAGACUUAACGUGAACCCUGCACUUGUCUCAGCUUGAGUUGGGACUGGUGAAUUUUGGCCCAUAUUUAAGAAACCAGCCAAUCAAUGAGUACAUUUGGCUGAAACUGUAAUCCGUUCUGGAAGUGCACGCUGGCUGCGGCUAAAACGCUGAAACGUAGAUAAAUUAUUGGCGCUCUGUCAAUUAUUUGCCGCGUCCAUCAAGCGCUCAGACACAAACAUCACAUUUAUGCGCCGGCGCCCGGAUCAGACCGCGUCCUCUGAGUGGUCCAGAUUUAAUAAGUGUGGAAGUGGUGAGACACUCGGGCGCCUUCGCCAGCUGUGCCACACCCGAGCUCGUCGCCAUCCUCGGACGAGUGUCAAGCCGCCGGUCGCAUCUUUACGCCGGGCGGUGGGUGGGUUCAUACGGAGGAACAUGCUACUCUCUCUGUGUUCCUCCGCCGCUCGUGGCACAGAGCAAAUUCCGCACUCUUCCCAGCUUUUAGAUGUUGCUGAAGGUCCUGCCAGGCUGUUAGCACCACCUGAGUGUCUGUCUUAUGGUCCGGAUGAAACCACCAACUUAAUCCUGGUCUGAGCGAUCUGUCCUAAAAUACCUGAUCUAACAUUCUCCUGACAUUUCACUGUACGAUGAAACACGCAUUGACGCGACCAGUCGACCUUCUGAUUCUCUCCUGAACCCCUCACUCACCAAGCCAAAGUUACUCGUGAGAGAAUGUGGAUGUGUACGAGGAGGCGGGUGUGUAGAAGUGUGUAGAAGUGUGUAGCGCUUAGUUUCACGCUGCUGGCAGUGAGAGCUGAAGAACGAGAGGAUGAUGAUGAGAAGAAUUCAUGUUCCUCAGACCAGGACGUCUGAACCUGAACUUUCAUGUGGAGGUAGAAGGAAGGAAGGAAGUGUGGACAGUGUUCAAAAAUAUCAGCCAAACACCAACUGACCACGUUCUUUUGGUUCCCUUCAUACUGCAUGGACCUACAAUUCUGUUCUUACUCUGCUUCUGUUUUGUUCUUUUCUGUUCUGUUUCUGUUCUCUCUUCUUAUCCCGUUCUAUUUCUGUUCAUGCUUUGCUUCAGUUUUGUUCUUUCCCGUUUCAUUUUAGUUCUGUUCUGUUCUCUCUUCUUGUUAUGUUCUGUUUCUGUUCUUUUCUGUUCUAUUCUCCCUUCUCAUUCUGUUCUUUCUUACCAAUUUCUGUCCUGUUCUCACUUCUCGUUCUGUUCUGUUCCUGUUUCUUUUUAUGUUCUUUUCUCUCUUCUCAUUCUGUUUUGUUUUUUAUCAGUUGUUCUCUUCUGUUCUUUUCUGUCCCUGUUCUUCUGUUGUUGUUCUUGUUCUCUCUUCUCAUUCAGUUCCUGUUCUGCUCUGUUUCUGUUCCGUUUCAGUUCUGUUGGGUUCUCAGCCGUGCUGGUCAGUAAAAGGUUCUGAUUGUAAAUAGCUUAUUAAACAUUGUACAUUUAAACGCUGCAUUUUGAUUGUUCUUUAUUUCCUGUAUUAUAUUUUCCACAGAUUAAAGUGUUUAAUAAACAUAUUUGCUUUA